AGAACCUCAUCUUCCAUCUUGUUAGUCGCAUAAAACGGCAAGACGCCCAAGAUGAGCUUGGACGAGGUGGAUGCGCCUGAAGGCAGCGCGCGGGGCUCACGCUUCAACCUCGCCGACGAGCUCCUCAACCUCCCCUCCUCACGCGAUGACACGUCGUACCACAUCCCAAACGAGGUCCAAGUCCCCGACUUGGAUGCAACAGAGCUUGCAUCGACGUUCAACACUGCUAUAGACAUUAUCGCCUCCGCUUCUUCCCUGGGCUCGGACCCAAUCAUCAGUCCAGUGGGCGACGUAGAUUUGUUCGACACUCUGCGCUCCUUCCUCUUGCACUUUCACCAUCUCAACGAUAACUCAUCCCUUCAAGCCAAGUUGCUAGAUGCCAUCUCCACCGGCUUUAACAAGGCUCUUGAAGACGCCUCCGCCGAUGAAGGCAGCGCGUCCGAGUACCCGUUGCACCGCGAGGCACUAGAGAAAUGGGGGUUCCUCAUGCAGUGGCUCUUCAUCGUUGCAGAGCGAGAGCACCGCCCAAGAAGCGGCAGUGGCACCGCCGGCGUCGUUGGCGUGACAACCAAGGGCUCCAAGAAAAAGGGAGCCCCUGCGCUCAAGGACGGAUGGGUCUGGGCAGACACGCUGCCGCAGCUGCUCGGGCUCCUCAGCAAGGCUGUGCGCACGUUGCAGUCUGCUCGAAUCUGGACCGCUACGAUGGACCGCGAUGCAUUCAUCUCUGGCUGCUUCAUGCGCCCUGCAUUUCUCUUGCUCGAACACGAGACCUACCUCAAGUCAUUACCAAUGCAUCCUGGCACACCCUCUCACUCGCAAAUCGGUAAAGGCAAUCCAGUCAAGGCCGGCAUCACCAAGCUCAUCUGCCAAACGAUCAAGUUCCACUCGCAGGCGCCUUCGGCCUUGGCCUUGAUCAUUCAAUCUCUACAGUACAGCGAGCAUCUCCCAGACUACCUCGCAGAGCUGCUUUACAUUUUGCGCGUCGAAUACGACCACGUCCGAUUGGGAGAAGAAGUGUUGCGGGAGAUCAGCGGAAAGAGCUUCAGUGCUCAGGACUCCAAAAGCCCCCGAAGCUUUGGCCGCUUUCUUGUUCGGUUCGGUGAGCACAAUCCAGGUACGAUGCGCAAAUCGAUUGCCAUGCUUCAACGGCAUCUGGACAGCGAGUCGUAUCCCUUGAGAAACGCUAUGCUGGAAACCCUCGGGCUGCUGAUCAAAGAUCUGGUCACUUCUGAUGAUGCUGCAAUGGGCCAAGGAGGUGACGCCGGGCAAGGCAUAGACUCGUCCGCGAAUGGUGGUGGCAGCAUUGGCGAGGGCGCUGCGCUAGACAGCGUCGAGGCUCGAAAGAAGCAGGUCGAAAGCUUCUGGGACCUGUUACUUGAGCGUUUCCUGGACCUCAACAGUUAUGUCCGCAGCAAGACGAUCACCGUCUGCUCCAAGCUGCUCGAAUUGCCUACCAAGUUCCCCCGUCAGCGCGCCGAGCUGCUCGAGGUCACCGUACGCGCGUUGGAGGACAAGUCGUCCACUGUGCGCAAGAAUGCAAUCGGCCUGCUCACCAAGCUGAUCCUCACCCAUCCGUACGGGCUCAUGCACGGCGGAGAGCUGAGCAAGUCUGAGUGGUCCAAACGCAAUGAGCAGGUCCACGUAGAGCUCGAGGCGGCCGAGAAGAAGCUGAGCAUCGAACUGCCGAUUGAAGAAAAGGGGCAUCAGGACGAAGAGGAUGGGGAGGCCGAAGCCGGAGAUAACACACCCAAGCGCCGUCCACGCAAGAGUGUUGUCGACAUGGAAGCACUGGCUGCUUCGCAAGCGGAGCUCUCGCCGGAAGAAGCAGACAAGCUGAUGAAGCUGCGCCUUACAUCGCGCUACUACACCGAUGCGCUCGCUUUUAUCGACCAGCUUUCGGCAGCGCUGCCGAUGCUCUCGCAGCUCCUUGCGUCCACAAGCAAAGCCGAAGUCCUCGAAGCAAUGGAUUUCUUCCGCGUCGCUUUCGAUUACAAGAUCGAGGGCGCCGAGGCUGGCAUGCGCAAGAUGAUCCAUCUGAUCUGGGUCAAGGACAACACCCUCGUCAUGGAGGAUGGAACCUCGCUCAAAGGUAUUAGGUCGAAGCUGAUCGAAGUCUACCGCUCGAUCUACUUUGACCCUUUGCCUGACCUGUCGCCCAAGGCCAACGUCGCGCGCGUCACGAAGAACAUGAUCGAAAUGACGUUUGGCGCCACACUUGCCGAGCUCACGUCGCUGGAGCAGUUGCUGCACACGAUGGAGACGGAAGACCUGGUUCAUGAGGAUGUGAUCAAGAAGCUCUGGGCGGUGUACGAGGUGCAGCGCCCAAUCCCCAAGGCUCAGCGUCGCGGUGCAAUCAUGGUCCUGAGCAUGCUCGCCUCUGCACGCAAGGAGAUCGUUGCAGAGCGCAUUGAUUCUCUUCUCCGGAUCGGCCUGGGUCCCCUUGGCGCUAGAGAUAUCAUUCUCGCCAAGUACACCACAAUAGCGCUGGGCCGCGUCGGUGGCACGGUCAAGAAGGUCAAAGGCGCCAUGUCUGAUGAGCGGGUUCGCUACCCGAUGAACCACCUCAUGUUCAGCAAGCUCCGCGCUGCCGUGCAGCUGCAGACGCCCAGAUUCGCCAAUAGUGAAUGGUUCUCGCUUGCAGAGCAUGCAUUGCAAGCGAUCUAUCUGCUCGGCGAGCAGCCAGACGCGCUGUGUGCCGAGAUUGUCCGUAGCAUGACACUGCACGUCUUUGGUACCGCCCCAGCCAAGAGCAGCAGCAGGGAUGGCAGUAGCAGCAGCCAGGUCGACUCCGAAUCCGAAGAGACGCAAGAUCAUGAUAUCAGCUCGGGUACGAGCGUAGGCGCGCCCACCACCGCCCCUUCCUUUGCCAUGGCCCAGCUGCUCUUUGUCGUCGGACAUGUGGCGCUCAAGCAGAUUGUCUACAUUGAGCUUGUCGAACGCGAGUACAAGCGCAGAAGGGGGGAGGCGGACAAAGAGAAGGUGGCAAAGAAGAAGAGUCGCAAGGGUGCCGAUGGCGCGUCCGCUGCUGCUGCUGCUGCAGCGACCGAUGAGCUUGACCAAGUCGCCGGCAACGCAGAGGACGAAAUUGGUGAUGCCGUUGCCAGCGUCAGGGAAAAGGAGCUCUUAUACGGAGAGCGAUCGCUGCUGGCGAUGUUUGGGCCUAUGGUCACGCACAUCUGCUCCAAUCCAAAGUCGUAUUCUAACGAACACCUCCGCAAGGCUGCGGUACUGACGCUGUGCAAGUUCAUGUGCGUCUCGUCGACAUUCUGCGAGUCGAACCUGGGGCUCUUGCUGCAAAUCCUCUCCACGUCGCAAGAUGGUGUGAUCCGAUCGAACGUUGUCAUUGCCCUCGGCGACAUUUUCAUCAGCUUUGUCGGUCUCAUGAAUGAGCACUCUGAGCGGCUGUAUGCCGGCCUGAACGAUGGUGACCUGGGCGUCAAGAAGCACACGCUGAUGGUGCUCACGCAUCUCAUCCUGAAUGGCAUGAUUAAGGUCAAAGGCCAGCUGGGCGAGAUGGCCAAGUGCUUGGAGGAUGAAGAGCCGCGCGUGAGCGACUUAGCAAAGCUGUUCUUCAGCGAGCUGUCGACCAAGGAGAAUGCAGUAUACAACAACCUGCCGGACAUCAUCAGUCACCUCAGUGUCGGCAAGCACGCUGUGGAUGAGGACACGUUUGGCCGGACGAUGAAGUUCAUCUUCACCUUUAUCGACAAGGAAAAGCAGGCAGAGAGCAUUGUCGAAAAGCUAUGCCAGAGAUUCCGACUGGCAUCCGAGGAGCGGCAAUGGCGCGACAUCGCGUUCUGUUUGUCACUGUUGCCGUACAAAUCGGACCGCUCCAUCAAAAAGCUGGUGGAAGGUCUUCCCUUCUACCAAGACAAGCUGCACAACCAAGAGGUGUACAAGCGCUUCGCCGACAUCCUCGCCAAAGCGCGCUCAAACCGUGCGCCAGGCGCCGCGGCAGCCAAGAAGGACAGCGAGGCGGAGCUGGGCGAAUUCGAGGCGUUGCUCGGACGCUACAGGGACAAGGGCGAGGAGGAGGAGGCGCUCGGCGGCGCGGCUAAGGCACAGGUCAGCAAGGCUGGUCGCAAAGCCGCUGCCGCUACCUCGUCGUCUGCCGGCUCCAAGCCGGCCGCUGCGGCGGCGGGGAGCUUCAAGGAGAGUAGCAAUAGCAAGGCAAAGGCCGCGUCAAAGGGCGUCAGCAGCACUAACACCAGCACCAGCAGCAAGACUAAUAAGGCGCCAGCGAAGCGACCGACUCGCGGACGCAGGCGAGCAGUCGCUGACUCGGAAGAUGAGGAAGAGGAGGAUGACAACGAUGAUGAUGACUAUUAUGCAUGAAGGGGGAUUUUGGACCGUGUAUCAUAUCUGUUUCAUCGCGAG